AUGUCUCGCCAAGAACUGUACCAAGGCUACAAAAACUACGAAAACUCUUUCGAUAUAAUCACCACGGAGAUGCUUCACCGUGCUACGGGCAACCAGCCCCAGCAGUUCCCUCAGAGAAGCUUUGCUGACCUGGGCCGGAUGAAGCGCGAAGUUGUGGUCGAGAUUAUCAAGCUGCGCCAGGAGGUGCAGGCCCUUUAUGGAGAUUCCGACUAUGGCCAUGAGAAGAGCAUUCAGAAUUGGCAGGACAUUCUGAGAGGCUUGCCUUAG